UCCUAGCAAGCUUCACUGGCAAAAGUCCGCCAUUCUUUCAAAGCACACGAGUAAAAUAUCGCGUGUUUAGUGGAAAAAAUCAAUUAAUUGUCUUAUCAAAUUUAAAACUACAUCGAAAGUACCGGAAUAUCAUUUAAGAAUGUCUCGCAGUGAAACUCGCAUCUAUGUUGGAAAUUUACCCCCUGAUAUUCGUACAAAGGAUAUACAAGAUUUAUUUCAUAAAUUUGGUAAAGUUUCGUUUGUGGACUUGAAAAAUAGGCGUGGUCCGCCAUUUGCUUUUGUAGAAUUCGAAGAUGCCAGAGAUGCAGAGGAUGCCGUAAAGGCACGCGAUGGCUAUGACUACGAUGGUUAUCGAUUGCGUGUAGAAUUUCCACGCGGCGGUGGACCGGGUAGUUUUCGCGGUAAUCGGAACGACCGUAAUCGCAACGAUGGAGGCCGGGGUGGAGGAGGCGGCGGUGGACGUGGUCCACCUACCAAGCGUUCACAAUACCGUGUUAUGGUUACAGGCUUGCCGUCGUCAGGCUCUUGGCAAGAUUUGAAAGAUCACAUGCGAGAAGCAGGAGAUGUCUGUUUUGCUGACGCCUACAAAGACGGUACUGGAGUGGUUGAGUUUUUGAGGAAUGAGGACAUGAAAUAUGCUAUCAAGAAAUUGGACGACUCACGAUUCAGAUCUCAUGAGGGGGAGGUAUCGUACAUACGCGUUCGUGAAGAUUCUGGUGAAGGAGAUCGUGGCGGUCGUGACCACCGUGGAGACAGAUCCCGCUCAUUUUCUCCAAGACCACGACGCCGUGGGUCUCCCACGUAUUCCCCUGUUCGACGCUCAUAUUCCAGAUCAAGGUCACGUUCUCGUUCAAAUUUUUAAAGCCUGAAAAGACAAGAACCGCUAAACAAAGUAGAGAAGUAAAAAAUCAGCAAGUAAAUUUUGUACGGACGAUAAUUCGUUUGAGAUAAAUCCAGCAUAUUUACGAAAAUGAUAAAGCACAUAUAUAAUUUACUUUGGAAUUCAACGUACAUAUUUUAAGGCAAGCAUGACUUGAUCGAAAACAUUCUACAUAUUUGAAAUAUUUGAAACAUUAGGUAUAACUUUUUAACACUUUUUAAUUACGAGUUGUUUAAAAAAAGCAUUUAAUUUGAAAGUAUGAUUCCAAUAUUUGGGAAAGUAUUUGCAGCUCCAGUAAAACCUUAAUUGCAUAUACUUUUAUUAAAAGCUAUAAAAUGAUUAUAAAAAAACUUAUCAGGUGCAAAAGGCUGACAUUUUGAAUACACUUACACUAACAAAAGUAAAUUUAUCUUAAUCUACAUGCAUAUAAACAUAAUACAUUUAAAUAAACAA